GUGCGAGGUGGAGCAGGAAGCGGCGGCCGCGCCUGAGGGACCCGCGCCCGCUUCGGCGCCGGGCUCAUGCGGGGAGAUGGCUGCGGGCCGGGCGCUGGCCGCGCUCCUGGCCGCCCUCCUGGCCGCCUCGGCGCAGCUCCUCCAGCGGGAAGCUUCCUUUACAAUCUCCCUUCGCACGGUGGACAGUGUCACAGUUACGAUUAAACUGAGACCCAGUGUUCCACCAAGCUGUCGGAUUCGUGUUAAAAACGGCACCAGGUCUGAGCUCAAGAUAAAGCCUGGGAACAACACGACUUUUACCUUCACUUGUAGUACUCCAGAGAAGUAUUUCAUCAUGGAAAUUGAGAAGAAAAUUGACUGUGUGUCAGGCCCCUGUCCCUUUGGAGAUGUUCAUCUUUACCCACCGGGGCUACCUCGCCUUAACAGGACUUUCAUCUGGGACGUGAAGGCGAGCACAAAGGCUGGACUUGAACUGAAAUUUACCCCGUGGCUGAAGCAGAUUGAGCCAGGAGAGAGGUGCCCGGAUUCCCUCAGCUACAACAUCAACAGCUGUAUCGAUCAAGCCACGGUCAACAUCGGCACCUUCUGCAGGAACGGCUCGGUGUCUCGCGUCAAGCUGCUGGGAGGAGUUAUCAUGGCUCUGCACCUCCCAUGGAACUCACCUCUCAACACCUCGGGCUUCAACAUAGCUAACAGGGCUUCCAUAAAACGGUUAUGCAUUAUUGAAUCCAUUUUGAAGGAGGAGUCUUCAAUCACCCUGAUGUCCCCAAACUACCCGCUGGGCUUUCCAGAAGAUGAGCUCAUGACGUGGCAGUUCGUGGUUCCUUCUAACAUGAGAGCAAGCGUGUUUUUCCACAACUACAGCCUCUCCAACUGCGAAAGGAAAGAGGAGAGGGUGGAGUAUUACAUCCCUGGCUCCCCCAGCAACCCAGAGGUGUUCAAGCUGAGCGACAGCCAGCCUGCCAAUAUCGCUGGCAGCUUCAACCUGUCCCUGCAGGGCUGUGAUCAGGAUGCCCAGAACCCAGGCAUCCUCCGCUUGCUCUUCCAAGUCGUCGUUCAGCACCCACAGGUCGAUGAGAAUGUCACCCAUUUGGUCGACCUGAGCAAGGAGUGGAACACGACUGUGACGAUUCACUUUGAAGGGUGGCCCAUCCGCACUCCGCUCAUGUCUGAACCCAUAUGCCUCAUCUGUAAGGACCCCCGCAACUGUGACCGUGCAUUGACUUUAGUGUCUGGUGCCAUCUACAAGAUCUCCUUUCUGUGCAAGGACUUGUCCCGGCUGAGGAUCACAGCUGAAAAAGGCAUAAGCUGUGUCGAUCUCCGGUGGUGUCAGAGGAAGAUCUAUUCCCUUUCAGUGCCCAACGCUAUCACCCAGCUGCCCAUUCGACUGCACAAGUUCAUCUGGAAGCUCUUGGCUCCCGAUCUGAUCAACAUAGAAAUCACAUCUCCAUCCUUGAAACUUCAGCAACACGUCCCAGAGCAGAGGUGCAACACGAGCUACAGUUACAGCAUUGUCAGUGCCACCCCGGAGACCGAGCUCAAUGUUGGUGUAUUCUGUCCUGGUGGAUCCAUUGAAAAGAUUCAGAUGAGGAAUAAUAUCACCGUGUCUUUAAAAACGUUUGGUAAAGGAUUCCUCAACGAGUCUAACCAUCAGGAUCUGAAAAUGUCUUUCGUGCCUCAUAUUAAAGAUGAGUGCACUUUCACUGUGAAUCCAGAUCCAAAAGCCAAAGUUUACUUGCAGACUCCCAACUGGCCUUACGGUCUCCCUCCUUACGUCUCCAUAUCCUGGUACAUCCUUGUGCCCAGCAAGCAAGUUGCCCGCCUGGGGUUCUCCAAGGACCGCAUGGGUAUUGUGUGUGAGACGGGCCGUGCCUAUGUCAACAUAAAGGAAGAGACACCAGGGGCAGAGGAGACCGUGCGCCGGGAGGACGAGCUGCUGCCCCAGCCCCGAAAUAUGCAUCACAACUUCUGGGUCAACGUCUCCAACUGUAAGCCUGUGGAGAGGACGCAGCUGACCCUGCAGUUCCAGGUGACUUCUGCUGACAAGCAGAUAGACUUAGGAGUGAUACUCGCGGUGGUGGCCGGGGCUGGAGUUCUCACUGCUAUUGGACUGACUGUGUGCUGCGUUAAGAAGAAGAAGAAGAAAAGCCAGGACCCCAUGGUGGGAGUCUACAAUCCUAACGUGAAUACCCAGAUGCCUGGGAAACAAGGCUUAUUCACAAAAGGGAGGAAAAACAACGAAUCUCAUGUCUAUGCAGUUAUUGAUGAUGCUAUGGUCUAUGGGCACUUGCUGAAGGAAUCCAAUGGCUCAGUCAGUCCAGAAGUUGAUGUGUACCGGCCUUUUGAUGGACCCGUUGGUAGCUUGCCACCCUCUCCACCUCCAUUCUCCUUCAGAAAAGACAUUAAACGCUCUUCUAACACCGAGGACCCUCCACCUCUGACAGGCAUGGACCAGGACACUUACACCUUUGCUCAUCAGAAAUCCGGGCAAUCAGAGGACAAUGGCGAUACAAAUGAAGAGACAAAUGGAGAUACAAGCACAUCCUUGCUGGAAGAUAAGGAACAGGAUGGUUCAGUGGAGUAAUUUUACACCAGGAAUAGCAGUUUCCUGUGGAAAUCCAGGUGUAAGCACAGGGGUCUAGGGAAAAAAAACCUGAAGAGGAGUGUUAUUUUUAAAGGUGUGUUGAUGUUGUUUCUGUCUGUGUGUGUGUGUGUAUUUGGUUGUUGGUUGGUUUUAAACGUCAGCUGUUGAUAGCUUUCAGUUUUAGAGUGAACAUCUAUCAAACUACCAAACCAGCUGAGACACUCCAGGACUGCAUGCGCUUCUGGUUGUGAAACGGGUGGCAAAGGUACGCUCCUGCUUUUUAUUACAGAGAAAAUGAAUCCCUGCCUGCCAGCUUAAAGCUGUGGCAAUCAAUAAAGGGGGGAGAGCGUUCUGUCCAGUAUUUUCCUCCUUUCACAA